AUGGCCACCAUACUACUGCCUGGCGAGCAGAUCCCCACCGACCAGCUACCGCGAUCGAAGAAAGGCAUCCUCACCCUCGGCCCCGGUCUCCGCCACAUCCCACCCCAAACAAUCCUCACCACCACCUCGGGCACCCUGCAAACCGACCCCAAAAAGUCCGCUCUCUGGCUUGAACACCCCAACGGCCGCUACCUCCCCUCAGUCGGCGAUCUAAUCGUAGCCCAAGUCCACCACUCCGGCUCCGACGUGUACUUCUGCAUUCUGACACCUCACACACCUCACGCCUUGCUGGGCCAACUCUCCUUCGAAGGCGCCAACAAAAAGUCCCGUCCACAAUUGAAAGCGGGCGAUCUGGUCUACGCGAGAGUCGCUAGCGCCUCAAGAUGGGAGGACACGGAGAUUGAGUGUGUUAGUAGUGCGACGGGGAAGGCGGAGGGGAUGGGGCCAUUGAGUGGAGGGAUGUGUUUUUGGAUCAGCACUGGUUUUGCGAGGAGGUUGAUGAUGGGGACAGAUAAGGAGGGAAAGAGUAAGGGAGGUGUUGUCGUGCUCGAAGAGGUGGGCGAGAAGGUGAAGUUUGAGGUUGCGGUGGGUAGGAAUGGGAGGGUCUGGGUUGACAGUGGGAGUGUUAGGGAAACGGUCAUGAUUGGAAGACUGUUGAAGGAGGUGGAUGAGAAGGGGCUGGAUGUAGAGACCCAGAAGAAGCUGGUGAAGAGAGCCUUGAAGGACGUUUGA